AUGGAUCUGGCAGAGAAAGGUGUUUCGUCGCAACGCGAACAAAUAAUUGCUUCCCCGCUCGCCUCGUUUUUGAAGACCACCAGAGCUGCGCUUUCCAAAUCGAUAAGGAUAGAAUUCCUUCGAUUCGAACAUCCGAAAGCACGUAAAAAGGAACUGCAUGGAGAGAUCGUGGAUAGCACCACUAUACCAGACGCCAUAGAGACCACAAAGAACUGUGGCGAGAGCAAGUUGGAGGUAAAAUUGGAGUAUCAACGAUGUAUACCUAAGUCGGCUGAAGAAGAGGGGAUGUUCGUUGGCUUGUUCAAAAACGUGGUAAGAUUACCAAGAGAUUGA